AUGCCAAGUGUGCAGGCUCAACCCACAAACCAGGAGGCUGCUCCAAUUGCAAAUCCUCCUUCAAGUUCCGCCAACGGCCGCCCCGUCGCUGGCGUCGGAACUGAUGGUACCGUCACCUCGAAUCAUGGAUUUCAGCUCUGUUACCGGGUUUUUUCGACCACAGCGGUUAAAGCUCCAUCCCAAACCGUGCCGCUUACUGAGGAGCACCUGAAGCAAGUCCCCGAGGAACACAAUUAUGCAAUCAAUAGAUGGCUCUCCGAGUAA